GUGGGGAGUAAACAGGCAAAAUGUCCAACAAAAAGUCUUCACUGAUGCCAGGAGAUGUGGAGAACCUGCGGAGAAGAUCCGCGACUGAUUCAGCAGAGAACUCUGUAGAUCCUGAACAGCAUCUCCGGUUUCCACGGCUCUGUGUUGGCCCCCAGCAUCCAGAGCUAGGCGCUGCGGAGACACCCUCCCCUGAUGCUUCUAACCACCACUUCUGCCACUACACACCCAAAUGUUUCCUGGCGGUCCACAGAGGAGGACAAGGCAUCACCCGAUCAACUCCGUCUCGCUGUGGAGACGAGGGCUGGCAUGAAGGCACCACAAAGACAACAAUCAGAGCUGAGAACGAGGUGGAGGCACACAGGGAGGCCAACAACUACAAGUUUGGCUUCAGAAAAUGGAAGGGCAAUGUAACGGAGAAGCCCAUCGAGGACCGAUCCGACAUCAUCAAAGAGCUCCACUCUGAUCUUAGCAUUGUUAAGCCUCAAGGAGGCUCAGUGCUCACCAUUGGGAACAUAGUCUACGUGUUUUUAUUUGGAUGGUGGAUUUCUUUAAUCUACCUCCUCAUUAGUCCUGUCAUGUUUCUAACUAUCAUCUGUGCCCCUUAUGGAAAACUUUGUUUAAAGAUGGCGCGGUACUUUAUUUGGCCAUUUGGGAAGUCGAUAGCAAGGGCAAGUGACGUAGUUAAGAGAUCCAUUGUAAAGCCUCCAAAGUGUGAGGUCAUUCCUGAAGAAAGGGACAGUGAAGACAGUAAGGACCUUGUCAGGGACAAGGACUCUGCACCCCUUCUGGUGUCUUCCCCACUCCCUGUUGAGAUCCCUGUCCCAGAACCACCAGCCAGAAAGACUUCAAAUCACUGGUGUCACAUCAGCACAUACAUUUGGUUGUUGCUAUGUUACCCCAUCCUGGCUGUGGUCCACUCUGUUGCCUGUGUGCUCUCCUGGCUGCUGGUCUUCACUAUACCUGUAGCCAAAAUGAACGCUCGCACGCUGACCAUCGUCCUCCUCAUGGCACCAGACAACGUUCAGAUUCACAGACUGGAAAAGACAUUUGUGUGCGAGACCAAAGUCGUCUUAUGCUGUUAUCGAGCCUUCAAUAUGUAUUACUACAAAUACACUGUCCAAGGAAUCAACAUUUUCGCUCUCAACCUGCUUCCCCUGGUCGUCAUCACUCUCAUUAUCGGCUAUACUGACCGAGAGCACCAUUUCUGCAGCACGGAGACCAAAUUUACCACAGCCAUCGCUUCCAUCAUCCCCCUGUCCUACUAUAUUGGCAUGGGUAUAGCCAGCCUCUCUGCACAGAGUAACUUCGCAGUGGGAGCGGUGGUCAACGCGACGUUCGGCUCCAUCACAGAGAUGACGUUCUACAUCACAGCGCUGCUGCGGGGACACAGCGCUGGCACCAAAUGUUAUGAAGAGAUCGUUAAAGCAGCACUCACCGGGACCUUGCUCGGAUGUAUACUGUUCGUACCUGGUAUCUGUAUGAUCAUUGGAGGCAUUAAACACAGAGAGCAGCGAUUUAACAGCCGUUCAGCCGGCGUGAGCUCGGCUCUGCUCUUCAUAUCGGUUGGAGGUGUGUUUGCUCCGACCCUCUUCUCAAAGACCUUCGGUAAUAUGGUGUGUGAAAGCUGCACCAACAUUCCAGGAAACGGCAGCGUUCCCUUCAUCUGCAAGGACUGUCACUACGACACGAGUCAAGCUGACCCACAGUUCAUCCUGUCCCAGAUUGAGCCCCUCGUGUACACAAUUUCUGUGCUGCUGCCUGCUGCGUACCUGAUCGGCCUCAUCUUCACACUGAAAACCCACUCCCACAUCUACGAUAUCCAUAUCAGUGAUGGUCAAGGGGGCCAUGCACACGGUCAGUACGCACAAGAGGGUACCAGCAGCUACCACCCCUCUGGUGAGGUCACCACUGGCCAUCUCUUCUCAGCCAACACGUGUAUUAAUGCCAGCAUUUUUUCCACCACCCACGUUGGAGCAGGUCAUCAUGUAGUCCACUGGUCCAGGUGGAGGGCUCUGGCAGUGCUGAUAAUUGCCACAAUAUUAAUGGCCUGCUGCGCCGACCUCAGCACGGAGAACAUCGAGCCCAUGCUGACCCACUCCACCAUCUCCCAGUACUUCAUCGGGGUCACAGUGUUGGCCAUGGUGCCAGAGCUUCCUGAGAUUGUCAACGGGAUCCAGUUUGCACUGCAGAACAACAUCAGCCUGAGCCUUGAGGUGGGCAGUUGCAUUGCUGUGCAGGUUUGCAUGAUUCAGAUUCCAUUGCUCAUCCUCUUCAAUGCCUUCUAUGAUGUUGGCUUCGUGCUUGUGUUCAGUGAUAUUCAUCUCUGGGCCAGCAUCUUCAGUGUCAUUCUGGUCAACUACAUUUUCAUGGAUGGAAAAUGUGACUACUUUCAGGGCACUGCAUUAGUGGUGGUCUACCUCAUCCUUUUGGCUCUUUACUUCUUUGCUCCUUCUCCACGUUCCUGUUGAUCAGCUUGCCAAGAAAAAUCCUAA